GUUGGUUCGUGUUCACGGGACAAGCCUCACUUCAAAGGCUCAGUAAGUCGUAGAUUGAUUAUUUUUUUUAAGCACGGCUGCUUUUCAUGAGCCGGGGAACUUUCAUUCUGUGCGAGUUUGGAAAACUGGGCAAAUUGUGGAGAGCUGCGGCACGGGAACUGAUGCCGGAUCCUCCAGCCCACCAAAAUGUAACCCGUGGGCUGUUUCCCAGGACCUCAUGGGCUGUUGUUUUUCCACCGUUCAUUGAAGAUAAAUCACCAGGUGAUGAAAAUAACGGUGCGGCCUGCCUUUUUUCUACCCCCCCUUUCCUGGCCACCGAGUCUUUUGCAUGCAUAAGAUCCCAUCGGAGAGCCCGAAGCGCCGCUUGGGAUUGUUUGACGACUUCUGCAAAGGGGUCAAGGAUCAUGGCAGUUCUUCUGGGCGCUGCAGCCGAGGCAGGAGACGAAGGGAUCCAAGUGGCUUUUUGAAGGCAAACGGCUUUUUGAAAGGCCUGAACUGUUGUGAAUACAAGCAUCAGAUGACGUGUACCGGUUGCUAUGAAGCUGCACCCCAAAGGAAUAUGAGCUGCGUGGAGCAUGCCAGGAAGCUGCAGUUGGCAGGAGGAACUCUGGAGGGUGCCACAAUGAAAGUGGCCACCCAGAGAAAGCUGCAGCUGUCAGAUGCCCAGUGGCAACUGCGAAUGAAGUUCCUUCAGCGGCCAAAGAGUUACAUCGGGGUGCCUUAUGCCUGGAAAUACCAUGAACCUAGAAGAAAAAGGCAGCCCCACGACAUCCAUGUGGAAAUCUGGUUGGGAGACAGAGAACGAAGCAUAGGGGCCAGGUGGAAGCGAGGCAAGUUGCAGGUCUUUGCUUCCUACAAGUUUGUCUCCAGCUCCUACGGGGCCAUGCAGUACCACUUCAAGUCCAUCGAGACGUGGCUGCAAGGCGUCUGCAUCCGGCAAGUGUCUGUCAUGCUGAAAAUCAGAAGGUUCGGGACAGACACUAGGGAAGGGCCUUUUCACACAGCGCGUAGCCAAACUGUGGAAUUUGCGCCCACAAGAGGCAGCAAUGGCCACUAAAGUGGAUGGCUUUAAAAGGGGAUUAGAUAACUCCAUGGAAAGUACAAUGGCUACUAGCCACAAUGGCUAUGUUCGCUCACCACUGUCAGAGGCAAUACGGCCUCUGAGCACCAGUUGCCAGGAAUCACAAGCGCGGAGAGUUGCUGUUGCGCUCAAGAACCGCUUGCGGGCUUGCCAGAAGCGUCUGGUUUGCCACUGCAAGGACCAGAUGCUAAAUCAAUUUUCUCCCCCCGCCCUGGUUGGGGGGCCACGGACACGUGUCCCAAAGUCUUACCUGGACAACCCUCUUAGCAAGAGACCCGCAAACGUCUUUGAAGCACUGCAGCUGUUUGUUCAGGUUCACCAGCCUUUCUGAAUGGCUGGGCCGCAACCAGAUCGUAAUUUGUCCCUCUUUCUCUGAGCAGCAGCAGCUAAACUGCAGCUCAGGCAGAGCCUUUGAAAUUGUAAUGACACCUUUGAUUUCCAAUCCGCAGAUGAAGGGCAGGGCCUUGGGGAUGAGGAACAAGAGGGGUAGGAGAUAGCAAGUCGCAGGAGACAAUAGUGGGUGUCAACCAUUUCCGAAAGCUCUGGGGGAUAAAAAUUAUAUGGCCCCCGAUGCCAACAGAACAACAAUGGUUUGGUGGUUAGACAGACAGACAGACAGACAGACAGACAGACAGACAGACAGAUAGAUAGAUAGAUAGAAACUACAUCCAGUUCAAUAAACAAAAAGAUAGAUAAAUUGAUAAGCUCUGUAAAUGUACAAAAGAAAGAGAGGAUUGGAUAGGUAAGUGGACAGAAUGGACUGGAUAGACUGAUAGAUGGAUGGAUUGAUGAUUGAAUGAUAUGGUAGAUGGCUAGUUAAGUUAUGGAAAUAUAGAUGUAGAUUAGCAUGCAGUUUAAUAAAAAAGGAUAGAUAAGAUAGAUAAGAUCUGUAGAGGUAGAAAAAAGAUAUGACAGGGUAAGUCGAUAGAUAGAUAGAUAGAUAGA